AUUUCAAUAAAAAAUGCGAUUACCAUGUGAAGUGGUUUUUGCACGUUAUAAAGCAAAUGCCGGAGUUAAUCCAAAACCCACGAAAUCGCAAAAAGGAUUUGUUAUUCUGCAAAAACUUCGACAGACCCCUCCACAAUAUCAGAUAACAGUGGCCGUGGCCGGUGACAAAACUGGAAAUAAAUUCGAGCUCAACAAGCCGCCAAUUAUUCUCGACAAAUUUAUUGCUCAAGGAAAAACCACUAUCACAUUUCAAACAACUCCUGCUGUGAUGGUUUGCAUCAGUAAAGCGAAUCCAGAAGCGUUGGCACAACUGAUAGAAGCCAUCAGAAAAAUUGUCAAAGGAGAAAAUGUGGAUAUUGAGAAAGUGAAGGUAAAAAGUUCCGACUUCAAACCAACUACCAUCACGGUCAACAAUCAGGCAACGUACAAAAAGCAAAUGCAAUCAUGCUCCGAAUUCCUGAAAACACUAAAAAUUGAGCCUAUCGAUUUACGGAGACCUGAUAAAGCCUGGAGAUUCUGCCAUAAUCUCACCAGAUUAACACUCAAUGGAAAUCCAAUUGGAGCUCAUAAUAGAGAUCUUGACGUGUUUAGCAAGCUGAAGCAAUUACAGUCACUCGAGAUGAGAAGCUGUUCCCUGGAGUUGAUUCCUGUUCCAGCAAUGUGUACGAUGUUCCGAGAACUACCGACUUCUAUCUCAUUACUGGAUUUUGGAGAUAAUCAUCUUUCAAUUUUCCCUCCAAUCUUCCAUCUGAAACAGCUCAAGAUUAUUAAUGCUGCUCAUAACGCAAUAAAAUAUCUUCCAUCACGUAUUGGAGUUCUACAGAAUCUAAAUACAAUAGAUGUUAGCAACAAUCUUAUGACAGCUUUACCUUAUGUAUUCUCAAAAAUUCCAAGUAUCGAACAUGUGGGAAUUAAUGCCAAUGAUCAAAUGGUUAGAUUAGAAGAAGAAAUUGGACCAAUUUUCAUACGUCGCCUGCUUACAAAAGUUGAUAAUAUCGAAUACACACACGAGGGAGGUGUCGACAAAUUGGGCACAAUUGCUGCGAAUGCUAUUCAUCGAGAAGAAUGCUCAAAAUCGAUGAAAUUUGGACGUCAAUUCCUUCCACUCUCACUUCGUUUCGAUAUGGAUGAUCUGAUGUUUGAAAAACCAGGAAUAUCAUCUCUCGAAUUGUGUACAGGAUGUGUCAGACUUCGGCAUAUUCGAUAUAUUCGACCACUUAUUAUACAAUCCAGACAAAUUGCUAAUUCUGUCGACGUGAUCGGAAGAUUUGUCACAUUUGACCGUCUUCUCUGUAUCGACUGUUACCGGAGAACAACUUCAACAAACAAUGGAGAACCGCCGUUCCAAUGUGAUUACUUCCAAUUUGCAGUCUAAUUUUUCAUUAUUAUCUCACCUUACUCAUUUUUAAAUAUGUAAAAAUUAACCCGAUCUCAGAAUGGGUAAAAAAUUGUCCGAUGCCUUAAAUUUCGAAUCUCUCACUUUUGAAUCUUGAAUCUCACCUUAAGAAUAAAAGUUUCCAAGCCUUUU